AUGGUCAUUGAGUCCGUUCACAAAAUUACUCUCCCCGCACCAAAAGCUAUCUCACCGUUUAUUCGUACAGCUCGAUGGGGCCUCCUUGUGGUCGGUAUGCUGUAUGGUGCUUUGCGGCUGAAGUAUUUGCAGGUGCGUGAAGUCCGUAUACAGGAAAGGAACCUCGCCAUCAUGGCUAAAAGAAAGGCCGAUCACGACUUAUGGAUGCAGUUUCAGGCCGAGCGGUCUAUGAAUCAACUACUGAAAGAGGCAGGCUUGGAGUGA